GUAUAUCUAUACUGAAAAGUAAAGUUAAUCCUCUCUUGAAAUGUAUUUAUUAUAUUUUCGGCUGAAUUAAAGAGAGUGGUGGGGAUGGGGCGAGUGUUUAAUGUCAAAAUACGUGUCUUAAAGUUACAAUUUCAUAUUUUUAAGUUAUAUUUUUAAAAUGUAUUAAAAUAAAGCCCUAAAAUAGAUGAUAUCUAUAAACAGCCCUACCUUGUUAAAGAAUAAUCCUAUUAAUCCUAUAAUUCACUAUUGCCAGUUGAGAAAUUGGCAAAAAUAUCAUUUUCAACUUCAAAUUCAAACGUUUGAAGAUAGCUAUUCCAUGGUGGGGAAUAGGAAAACAAGGGAGGUAAUUGAGAGGUAACUGUGUUAUUAUUUCCGGUGUGAAGAUUUUUAAGUGUGAGAAAGAUAACCUAUGAUCGUAUAAUAGUGAGUUGACAACCUAAAUAAUUAUGUUUUGACUUUCUUAGAAAAUAUGAAAUUGCAACUUUAAUACGAAAUUCCAGUUAUUGUGCCAUACAUCACCGGAAAGUAGGUUUCUAUGGCUCUUUAAAUCUACUUGUUAUUUUCUGGCACAUUCAUGAUUAGGCCUACAUACUUUAGAAGAGAUAAAAACAUUUUUAUUUUGAGCAAAGAAAUGGGUUACUAAAAAUAGACUAUAUUCAAUUCAUUUUAUUUAUCGAAGGUUUGAAUUAACCCAUACCGAGCACGAGAUUACACUCCAGAUAUGGUCAUCCAGCGAAUUUGGUAGUGAGGGUCAGAUUCAUUCGCAGUUAGUGAAGGGUAAGUUUUCUUAGUGAAGGAUGAGAUAGCGAGGGCUGACUUGAUCUCGGCAAGGGGCAGCACAGAAAUAUAGUCUAUAUUUCUAUGGGCAGCACUCUAUUAUUCAUGGCCGCUUCAACAUUGUUAAUAAAGUCGACACCCCGACAUCACGACAUCACGACAACCCGACAUCACGACAUUUUUACGCGACAAUACGACAUUCUUAAUGUCGUGGUGUCGGGGCUUAAAAUGUUGUGAUGUCGGGUUGUCUGGCUGUCGUGAUGUCGGGUUAUAAUGUCGUGAUGUCGGGUUGUCGCCUUAUGAAGGCAGAAGGGCGACACCACGACAUCACGACACGAUACCAAUCAGCCACCAUAGUCCAGUUAUAGACCGCCCGAAUAUUACCACAAUCAAUCGGAUACAAUAUUAAGACUUGAUAAUCAAGCCUAUUUGUGAAGGUUGACUGUUCACCUUAAAUAAUAAUAAUAUUAGCCUAUAAAGUCCCAUUAGAAAAUGUAGUAAACAGCACAAUUAAGAUUUUAUUUCAAGAUAAAAGAUCAACAUGUUAAUAUCAGGCUUCUUCAUAUUGGUCGUGUGGCUGCUUCCAACGUCAAGAUCUGAAAAUUUUACUAACGUGGUAGAUAUCGACUUAAAACAAGAUGUUCCAAUAGUAAUCAAUGAUGAUGGAAAAGAAUCAAUUCUAAAUUUUAAUUAUUCUGUAUUUGGUAAUACUUAUGUUGAGGCAUUAUUUGUUGUGGACAAUUCCAAGAAAGCAGAAAUUAUUGGAGAAACAUUGCUUGUGCUGAAUGAGUCCAGCAUAGGGGAGGUAUCUUUUAAAGUUACCGGAAAAAUAAUAGGCCGCACAUAUCUAAAUGUUUUGGUGAGGGAACACGAAAGUAAUAAUGGAGCGAAUGAAACUCUCCUAGAAAAGUUUGAAUUAAUUGUAACUCGUGUUAGCAGACCCAUUGAUACAGCUUUUAAUGUGGUUAUUAUAACUCUAGUAGUUGUGGCAACAAUGGCUAUGGGAUGUAAAAUAGAUCCAGAAGUUGUUAAAGCUACACUGAAGAGGCCAGUAGCUCCAGUAAUUGGUCUGCUCUCACAAUUCUUAUUUAUGCCUACAGUAUCAUUUUUAGCAGCCUAUUACCUAGAGUUAGACCCAGCCAUUGCUAUAGGUUAUUUUGCUUUGGGAUGUUCUCCAGGAGGAUCAGCUAGUAACGUAUAUACAUAUCUGUUAGGUGGUGAUAUAUCUUUAAGUGUUACCAUGACUUUAGUUAGUACCGUCUGUUCACUAGGUUUAAUACCAAUGUGGUUGUUUACUGUAGGACAGAAAGUCAUAUAUAAAGGUACAACCAUGCAGAUACCAUAUGUCAACAUAAUUACAUCAUUACUUGGUUUGAUUAUACCAGUAUUUCUAGGUAUGGUCAUCCAGUACAAGAGACCAAAUUGGGCCAAAAAACUUGUUAAAAUAAUUAAGCCAUUGGUAUUCAUAUUCCUGCUAUUUGCCAUGACUGUUGGUGUUUAUGCCAAUUUAUAUAUAUUUGACUUUUUUGAUCCAAUAAUUCUAUUAGUUGGAGCAAUUAUACCGUAUAGUGGCUUUUUAUUCGGGCUGUUGAUCUCAUUUGUUACUAGGCAACCAAAGAAAAAUUUAAUUGCUAUCGUCAUUGAAACAGGUAUUCAAAACACUGGUAUACCAAUAGUUUUGCUGCGGAUUUCUCUCAGUCCACCAGAAUCUGAUAUAAGCAUCAUUGGUCCAAUUGCCUCUUCUCUUUUUAUGCCCAUUCCAUUUAUUAUCAUUCUUGUUGCCAUAGAGAUACGUAAACGUUGUUGCAAGAAAAAAUUACCUGAUGAGAAAAAUGACCUAGCCAUGAUGGAUGAACCGGCUACUUUUACCAAAUUAGCUGAAGAUGGUUCGCCUGCCCAUAGCUUUGAGAACCUUAACUCACAUACACACCCAAUUAAUAAUACUGACCGAUAACUUUGCCUUUCUUUGACCUUUCAAUGCCUUGGAAGACAAGAUAUGUCCUGCUCUGUAUAGUAACGAAUUGAUCUCUGAUGUAGUCUGUCUUAUAUCAAGAUCAACUUGACUUUCAUUUCAUCUCGUUUUGUUUUUCUUUGUUCCAACUGAAAUGUCUAGCUGUGAUAAUCUAGUAAAGGCUAGAUGUUGUAAAACUUGCAGUCAUUGCUUCAGGAACAUGGUUUUGAGCAAGUAAUUAGUUUUUCAUUUGAGUUGACAUAUAGUUUACAUGGUACUCUAAAACAAAGUGAACUUGUUCCAAUAUAUGAUGAGCUGUAAUUUAUUUUUUAUUUUUAGUGAUGUAUGAUCUAUAUUUGUUGAUUGUAGACCUACGAUACUGCACUAGAUUUCAGUAUUUCAAUGUUUAUGACCUUUGAUUCUCUCAAAUAAUGGGUUUCAUAUAUUUCUAUAACUGCAUAAAUAUUCAACUGGCUAGUCAGUAAAUAUUGAAAUGUAUUCUUAAUUAUUCUCAAAUUGCUAUAUGUAUGCAUGCUUAUUUGUUGCUACAUUUUUAUGUCACAUAAUUUUCGGUACAAUAUGAUGGUGAUACUACUGUAGUCUGUAUGAGACACAAACAAAGUUAUUUUAACCUCUUGUGUUUAUGUGAAUCCGGGCAACUCUAUGUUUACAGAUAUUGACUGAUAUCUCCUCUCAUAAGGUCACAUUCAGCAUCUUAAAGCUUCUAAUCAUCUUUUGCUUAUUUCAAACAACAUUUAAUUUUUCACAGAUUAAUUCACACUAAAAUUUAUUCACUUUAAUCAUUUGACAUUUAUUUAAGAAAACAAAACAAAACAAAACAAAACAAUCAAUGUUCGAAAAUCCCCCAACUUGGAUUCAAUCAGAUUAAAAGAUCUUCACCAACACUUACAAGGGACACUGGCUGGUUUACAACCUCUGCAGACAAAUGUUGCAAAAGCUUCAAUUCAAGUAUCUUUGUAAAAUUUGAACAAAUUGAACCAUUGUUAAACUGAUUUUCACAAUAUUGUAGUUUGCAACAGAUUCAAAAUCCCCCAGCUGAUGCUCAGUGGCUAUUAAUAGCUAAUUUAAUAGUAAAUGCAGGGGGACUGCAUCACACAAAAUUUACACAAAAACAAACACACGGACAAGAAAUCAUACUCAGGAAAACACAGAGAGACAAUUCAAAAAAAGUGAAUAUCAAUGUUGUGGAACCUGAUUUUGAUGAAACUUGAAAUGUAAGUUUAUAACCCAUAGAUCUUGGAUCCUUUAGAUAUUCGCGCAUAUCGGAUAGUAACUUCCUGAAUUAUGGCCCCUGAUUGUCCGAGAAAUUGCGUUUUAGCUUGAGGUCCCUCUAGAUGUCACAAUAAUUAUGGCCGCUCUUUGUAUGCAAAUUGUGUAAAAGUAUGCAAUACGAAGGUUGUAGACCCUCUAGAGGUCACAAUUUUUAUCAUAUUCUGAUGAAACUUAAAACAUAUCUUUAUAUCCCAAAGAUCUAAGUCCCUUUUGAUAUUUCCGCAUUUCAGACCAUAACUUUUGGAUUAUUGCCCCUGAUUGUACAAAAAAUCCUGUUUGUUUUAGAUGAAAAUAACAAUUUUAAUUUGUUUUUCCAGUUCAAGUUACGUGUGCGUGUUCAGUUUAAGCAAACUUGCAUCGAUUGACCUCACGUGUUUGUGUUGGCACGUGUUUUUCAGGUUUUUCAUCUUUAUAUGCUCAAAAGUCACGUGAUCCAAGUGACUUUACAAUUUUAUGAAAUUAAAGGCUUCUUACUACUUACUAUCGUUAGAAACACUUUAAAAUUUAUUUGACUUACCAGAAAAAAAAAUUUGUUGAAAUUCAUCAGUGUCAAGUUUUUAAUUUGGCUGAGUAUAUGUAGUUUUAAUUUAAAUUUACACAAUUAUAUUAUAGUUAUCUGUAUAUACGUGUUGUAAUUACAGAAGAUAUUAUAUUGUUUGUUAUUUUUGUUUUUAAUGUGGAAUAAUGUCAAAUGGUCACCAGGGUCUGAACUCAAUUCAUAAAGACAUUGCACUUAGGUGAAAAAACUUCUGAAAUUAAACUGAAACAAUUUUGCCUUUUUUCAUCUGAUGAUACCAGUACUUGGGUAGUUAAUUGAAUUUUCAGCUUGAGUAGUUUGUGUUUAAUUAAAUUUUCAGCUUGAGUAGUUAAUUGAAUUUUCAGCUUUAGUAGUUAAUUGAAUUCGGACCCAGUUGAAUUUUGUAGCAAAUACACAGCUAAACCUUAUUAAUCUAUUCGAUUUCUAUGUGAAUUGAAUCUUAAGGACUGUAUUUUUAUACGCCCACAUUUUCAUGUGGAUGUAUAUUGUCGUCGCCCCUGUCCGUAUGUCUGACAGUGGACACUCUACAAGUCACAACUUUGAUCCGAUUUUGACGAAACUUGAAAUAUAGGUCUAUCUCCCAAAGAUCUCGGUUGCUUUUGAUAUUGGCAUGUAUCGGACCAUAAAUUCAUGGAUUAUGGCCCCUGAUUGUACGAAAAAUCAUGUUUUUAGUUGUGAACACUCUAGAGGUCACAAUUUUCAUCUGAUUUUGAUGAAACUUGAAAUACAUGUUUAUAACCCAAAGAUCUUGGUUCAUUUAGAUAUUCGUGCAUAUUAGACAGUAACUUCCUGAAUUAUGGUCCCUGAUUGUAUGAAAAAUCACAUUUUUAGCUUGUGGUCCUUCUAGAGAUCACAAUUAUUAUCCGAUUUAAAAAAUGUUCGAAUAUAUCACUGUUACACCUUAAUGUUGGUUGACUUCGAAUUUUGAGAAAAUCAGACCAAAACUGCCGGACAAAAUGGCCGCCCCUUGUAUGCAAAUAGUGUAAACAUAUGGUAUGUCAAGGUUGUGGCCCUCUAGAGGUCACAAUUUUGAUCUGAUUUUGAUGAAACUUGAAAUGCAUGUUUAUAAUCCAAAGGUCCUGGUUCCUUUCAAUAAUUGCGCAUAUCGGAUCGUAACUGAAUUAUGGCCCUUGAUUGUACGAAAAAUUGCUUUUUUUUUGGCUUGUUCUCUAUCCAUCUCUUGAAAAAUGUGGGCGUAUCCUGCCUGGCAGCCACUGGUUUUGUGUACUGAUUGUUAUAUGUGGGCAUAUUUUGCCUGGCAACCGCUGGUAAUCAUCUUCCCAACCUCAUUGUUUACAUGACAUCACCUUACAUGUUAAUGGCGUCAUUCAGACCUCUUGUUAGAAACUAAGUAACAACCCAAACAUUAUCAUUGUAUCAUUGUUCUUUUAAUAUAUCUUUGACCGUUAAAAUAUAUUUUCAUUUUAUUAUAGAGGAAAUUCAUUGUCAUGGAUUAGAUCAGAUUUCUAUGAAGAAUUGUUAUAAAAAGAACUUUUUAAAUAUUUUUAUUGUAAUAGCUGACUGAGGUGAUAAUAAAAUACACAUAUUUUUUUUGUGUACUGAUUAUUAUAUGGCAUAAUUGUUAUUGUCUUGUUAAAUCUUUUUAGAAUAUAUGAAUACUGUAUUUUAUUAUUAUGUAACAAUAAUUGUGUUAAUGAAAAAUAUACCCAAAUCAACCAACUACCUAUAAAAUUUGAUAAUCUAAUUUAAAAUUAAAUCUUUAUUUCAUGAUGGUUUUCAUUUUUGUUAACCUACACUGCCUGAAGAUCUUACUACACUCUUACAGAGUUAUUUGUUCUAUUUAAAGGGGAAGACCAACGAUUUUCAACAGGUUUCCGUAAACCAAUGUGAUUGACUUAUAUCUUUCUUGCCUCAGACAAAUAUAUCUUCAUUGGCUAAAUGAGAGGUUAGAGCUGGUCUAAUUGAACACAACCAUUGUGGUUAGAUUGUGCUACUUGUGCCAACAGCAUAACAUGUAAAAGAGCAUAAAAUUAAAAUAUGAAAAUCAAACUUACUGUCUUAUCCAUCUGCAUAAUCUAAUUUUAAUUAGACUGUCAACAGGAGGACCAACUUUAAAAAGUAAUUUAACUUUACAUGUAUGUUAUAUAAUAUUAUGUUAGUUGUUUGUUUAUUAUCAAAUCUUAUGAGCUUUGAGUAAUUCAUAAAGAUUUAUAAUAUUCACUAGCCAAAAAAGUAUAAUACAUUUAUAUCGUAAACUGUGUUUAAAUGCAUACAGAUAUAUUGUAAGUUAGAUUUUUAUUAGAAAUUCGUAAAAAUAAUAUGUUGUAAACAUCAUUUAGUUUAAUUUGUGUGAUUAGAAUAAUGUGUCUUUCAUUAGUUAACAUUCCAGAAUAGUAUUAUUUAUAAUUUAUAAUAGAAAAAUUUGAAGGAUGUUCAUUAUUUAAAAAUUUGAAAUAGGCUAAAAAUCAAAAUGUCAAACAAAUUUAGGCAAAAUUUACAUAUAUCCCAUCAUAUUUAUUCACAGAACAAUUUGAAAAUUUACCAAUAUUGAUAGAUAUUUGUUGGUAACGAUAUUAGAAUUUUAUCUAAGACUUAGGAGAUAAUUUGUUCUGGAGAUUAUAGGUAAAAAUGGGUUUACAGUUAAGAAAUCCACACAUGUUUACCUUAGCAUUCUAAGUUUAAAUUUGAUCUUCAGAAUAACGUACCUAUUUCAGUUGAAUAUUUGAAAAGUAAAUGAAUAAAAAUAAAGGUAUUUUAAUAAGCCCAUUAAUUAUUAUGGUAAUGUGGUCAUAUAUGUAAUUGUUGUCUCCCCUGUCUGUAGAUCUGAAACAUUCUACAGAGUUAAGUUCUUUACCAAUCUUGAUUAUUGUGCUCACUCUAUAAAGCUGUUGAUUGACAUAUGUUAUCUUGCCUGGCAAGCUAUGAUUAAAGGAGCUAAAUCUCUAUUCUUUGGCACCUAGAAAUGGACACAAAUGGGUCGCAACGCAUAUUAUGAAUGUAUAUAAACUGAUUUACAUUCUAUUUUUUGUAAUUCCUGUAAUUUCUAAUCAGUUAUGUUUGGCAAAAUACGCAAAGAGUGCAAAUUGAAUGGCAGUCUUUGGUGUCUGGUUAUUCCAGUUACACCAGUAGUAUUCUCCUGUGGGGUAUGUUUAGCCUCAUUCAUCGUGGUGCUUUAUUACAAAUGGCACUCAAAAGCAUUCUGGCAGGCGAUUCGUGUGCCAAUUUUAAAAUUAUCAUUUUGUCUUAAAUAUUGGAUAUCAGAAGCCCAUCUUUUCACCGUAAGAUAACAACAUCAGUGUUGAUUUAAAUUGACCAAUAAGUCGUGUUUGCAAUGUCGAAGAUUGUGGAUGAUAUAGAAUUAGCGACUUUCCUCCUUUAAUUUUGAAACAAAUUUCAAAUAUAUAUAUACAUGUUUAAAAUCAAAUAAUGUAUGUACAAUAGUAUUAAACAUUAUUUUUUUUUUUCUUUGUUUAAAUUUCUGUGGUUCUGUACAUAA